UGUUUGACUGAGUUCUUCAUCAACACUCACACUUACAACUCAUAUCACCUUUUACACAAACUUCACAACUCACAAUGGAUUUCAUCAAGAACGCUAUGUCUGGUGGCUCCAAGUCUGGUGAUGCCUCCAAGAGCGGCAGCGGCAGCGGCAGCCAGGACUACGUCGAUAAGGGUGUCGAUUUCCUUAACAAGAAGGUUGGUACCAACAUCUCCCGCGACAACCAGGAGAAGGCCACCGACUUUGCCCGCAGCCAGUACGAGAAGUCAACUGGGUAAGUGGCGUUUGUCCUUGUAGCUUGAAACUGUGGCUGACAAUUUUCAAGCAAAAAGGUCGACCCUAAGAUCUCUAACUAGAGGGAUAAUGUUUAAUGAAGGAAGCUCAAAUAGUGAGCAUGAAUUAAUAUGACAUAAUUACUUCAA